AUGAGCCAUGAGAAGUAUGACAACUACCUGAAGAUUAUCAACAAUACCUCCUGCACCACCAACUGCUUGGCUCCUCUGGCCAAGGUCAUCCAUGACAGCUUUGAAUCCUCAAGGGACUCAGGAUCACAGCCUAUGCCAUCACUACCACCCAAAAGACUGUGGAUGGCCCCUUUGGGAAGCUGUGGUGUGAUGGCCAAGGGGCUGCCCAAAACAUCAUCCCUGCUUCUUCUGGCCCUGCUAAGAACUUCAAAAACUAAGGAUGACAUCAAGAAGGUGGUGAAGCGGGCAUCAAAAGUCUCCUUCAAGGGCUUUCUGGGCUACACUGAGGAUCAGAUUGUCUCCUACAACUUUAACAGUAAUGCCCAUGCUUCCACCUUUGAUGCUGGGGCUUGCAUUGCUCUCAAUGACCACUUUGUCAAGCUCGUUUCCUGGUAUGACAAUGAAUUUGACUACAUCAACUGA